AUUUUCCGUGAAGGGUUUUCAUUCAGCAACUGCCCAAAAGCAGAGCCAAAGAGGAAGCCUUUGCCAGGGGGAUAUGGCUUUUCUCUGUUCUCUUCUUCUUUGGCACAUGGCGGUACGGCCUCUUUCUUAGUUUUUCCUCUUAAGGCUCUUCAAGUUCCUCCUAUUUUUCUUUUUUAUGAUCUGGGUUUUUAUUUUUAUUUUAUUUUUCUCUCAAUCUCUAUAGUACUUCUUCUCAAAAAGAAAAUUAGUUUUUUUAUUUAGUGGUCUUACUCUCUGCACUGUUUAUUUCUCUUUGAAUGGUCUAAAUUUUCUUUCUCUUGCUUUAUGGCACAUCUUUUUUGUUCUGGUUAAAAGGGGUUGUUGAUUUAACCCUUUUGAAGCUUGAGCUUGAAGUGAAAGAAGUUUGAUUAUGUAUUUAUGAUGUGUUUUAUGAUGUGUUUUAUGAUGAUGGAAAUGGUGUGCUUUUGACCAUAAAAAGGGAUCAGAGAAAGCUAAAGGAACAGGUGGUGUGUGUGUGUGUGUGUGAGUGUGCAAUAAAGAGAGUAGUAUAGUUUGCUUGUGAUUGUCAAUGAGUGAGCAAAAAUAAAAAAUAAAAACUUGAGGAAUUUCUGUUCUCUCUUUUUAUCCCUUUUCACACACUUCAUGUGCCAGCCAGAUGUAAUGUGCCCUGAAGGGUGCUUGUCCUUGUAUUGAUUUUCUUUAAGGGGUUUUUCUUUUCUGGGUUAGUGUUUGUUUUUGGGUGGUCUAUUUUCCUCUUUGGGUUUCAAACAUGCCGAUGUAUCAGCCCUCAAAGAGGGAUGGGGUUGUUGGUUUUGCCGGUGGUAGAGAUGGGCAUGUUCUAGAUCUGGAUACAGCCGUCAAAGAUGGAGUCUUGGGUGGUAUUGGUGGUGGAGUUGUUGGAGCUGGUGCUGGUGAAAAAUUGGAUCUGAAGAAGAUGAUUGAAGAGCUUGACUUGUCUGAGGUCCCUUCUGUGUUCAUUUGUCCAAUCUCUCUGGAACCAAUGCAAGACCCUGUGACCCUUUGCACGGGUCAAACUUAUGAGAGGUCCAACAUUCUUAAAUGGUUCAACUUGGGACACCUUACUUGCCCCACCACUAUGCAGGAGCUUUGGGACGAUUCAGUCACCCCAAAUCGAACCCUGUACCAUCUUAUCAUCACCUGGUUUUCACAGAAGUACUUGCUGAUGAAGAAGAGGUCAGAAGAUGUGCAAGGAAGGGCCUCAGAGCUUCUUGAGACACUGAAGAAAGUUAAGGGUCAAGCUAGAGUCCAGGCCCUUAAGGAGCUUCAACAAGUUGUGGCAGUACAUGCCACUGCUAGGAAGACAGUGAUUGAAGAAGGUGGGGUUGCUGCAAUUUCUUCUCUACUUGGUCCAUUUACAUCACACGCAGUUGGGGCCGAAGCCAUUGGAAUUCUUGUGCACUUGACCCUCGACUCAGAAUCGAAAACGAAUUUGAUGCAACCUGCGAAGAUUUCUUUAUUGGUGGACAUUUUGAAUGAAGGGUCUGUAGAGACGAAAAUCAGUUGUACUAAGUUGAUUGAAACUCUGAUGGAAGAAAAGGAUUUUAGAUCUGAAAUUGUUUCAAGCCAUAGCCUCUUGGUGGGACUGAUGAGGCUUGUUAAAGAUAAGAGGCAUAAAAAUGGUGUCCUGCCUGGACUUGGCCUUUUGAAAACUAUUUGCUUGCAUGAGGAAGUAAGGGGUUUGAUUGUGAGGAUUGGUGCUAUUCCUCAGUUGGUUGAUUUGUUGCCUUCUCUUGAUCAUGAAUGCUUGGAAUUAGCUCUUUUCAUUCUGGAUGCAUUAUCAACUCUACCUGAGGGAAUAUUAGCUUUGAAAGUUUGUUCAAACACCAUACCGAAUAUGGUGAGGCUUCUUAUGAGAAUAUCAGAGAGCUGUACUCAGUAUGCACUAUCAAUCUUAUGGUCUGUAUGCAAACUUGCCCCGGAGGAAUGCUCAUCAGUGGCUGUUGAUGCCGGUCUUGCUGCAAAACUUCUCCUUGUUAUUCAAAGUGGUUGUGGUCCUGUGUUGAAGCAAAGGUCCGCUGAGCUUUUAAAGCUUUGCAGCUUAAAUUAUACAGAUACUUUAUUCAUUUCCAAGUGUAAGCUUACAAGGACAAUUCAGUGAUUGGGAAACGUUUUCUUGUAUGUUAUACGCACCUCUUUCUCAAGUGACUUGAGGCUAAGGAGAUGAUGAUGACCUGCUUGGAUUGAAUUCAAAGAUUUUCAGAUGAACCCCCCAGUGUGGCAAUAGGGAGGUUUAAGGUACAACACCAGCUCUCCUGUAUAUAGUAUAAAAGUACUUUAGUUCCAACAAUUGAUUCAAGAUUCAUGAGGAAGAAUCAUAAUGUGGACACCGGAAUUAUGUCCGGCCUUUUUGUUUGCUGGUGUUCACUUGUCUAAAUUGUCAAUGUUUUUCCAAUAAAACCCAGCUAGAAAGAAGAAAGUUUUUUAACUGUUGUUGGAUAAAGAUACUUGUAGGAGGGGAACUCGCUCGUGGGAAAAAAAAAACUUGGAGCUUGCAAUUGCAAUUGUAAUUGUUGAGGAAUUGCUUGCUUCCAUGUUACUCUUGUAACUCUUUAGUUCAUAGUCCAAAGGGUCUGAAGGCCUCUUUCUUUUCUUUUUCUUUUUUUCUUUUUCGUUCUUAGUGGGAGUUUUGCUAUUGACCCCACAAAUGUAAAGACUUGGAAAUCCAUUGAGCAUUGUCCUUCAAGAUAUCCAUUCAAUAUGUAAAAUGAAAUUAGUUUAAUCA